AGAGCUUACAGAUAUUGAAAGACAGUUCCACAAGGCCUUCUACACAGUCCGAGCCUAUCUAAACUGUGAUCGCUACUCUGUGGGCCUUCUGGAUAUGACUAAGGAGAAGGAAUUCUUUGAUGUGUGGCCAGUGCUUAUGGGAGAAGCUCAACCAUACUCAGGACCCCGAACUCCUGAUGGCAGAGAAAUCCAGUUUUACAAAGUAAUUGACUAUAUCCUCCAUGGCAAAGAAGAUAUUAAAGUUAUUCCAACUCCCCCAGAAGAUCACUGGGCAUUGGUCAGCGGCCUCCCAACCUACGUAGCAGAAAGUGGCUUUAUCUGUAACAUUAUGAAUGCCCCUGCAGAUGAGAUGUUUCAAUUUCAGAAAGAGCCACUAGAUGAAUCUGGAUGGAUUAUUAAAAACGUCCUCUCCAUGCCUAUAGUCAACAAAAAAGAGGAGAUUGUUGGAGUGGCUACUUUUUACAACAGGAAAGAUGGGAAACCCUUUGAUGAGCAAGAUGAAGUUCUUAUGGAGUCCCUAACACAAUUCCUUGGCUGGUCUGUGCUCAAUCCUGACACCUAUGACAAGAUGAAUAAACUGGAAAACCGAAAGGACAUUGCCCAAGAUAUGGUGUUAUACCACGUGAAAUGUGAUAAGGAUGAAAUCCAGGAAGUGCUGCCAACAAGAGAACGGUUUGGAAGGGAACCCAUGGACUGUGAUGAGGAUGAACUCAGAAUGAUCCUGAAAGAUGAGCUGCCAGGACCCAACAAGUUUGACAUCUAUGAGUUCCACUUCUCAGACCUGGAAUGUACGGAGCUGGAGCUGGUGAAAUGUGGGAUCCAGAUGUACUAUGAACUGGGUGUGGUCAAGAAAUUCCAGAUCCCUCAGGAGGUCUUAGUUCGGUUCUUGUAUUCGGUCAGCAAAGGAUACCGAAGAAUUACUUACCAUAAUUGGCGCCAUGGCUUUAAUGUGGCUCAAACCAUGUUCACACUUCUCAUGACAGGCAAAUUGAAGUCCUAUUACACAGAUUUGGAAGCUUUCGCCAUGGUGACAGCCGGCCUAUGCCAUGACAUUGACCACAGGGGAACCAACAACCUCUACCAGAUGAAAUCCCAGAAUCCAUUAGCAAAGCUCCAUGGCUCAUCAAUUCUAGAAAGACACCAUCUGGAGUUUGGAAAGUUCUUGCUUUCAGAAGAGAGCCUGAAUAUCUAUCAGAACCUGAAUCGUCGUCAACACGAGCACGUAAUCCACCUGAUGGACAUCGCCAUUAUUGCCACAGAUCUGGCCCUCUACUUCAAAAAAAGAACAAUGUUUCAGAAGAUUGUGGAUGAAUCCAAAGGAUAUGAAGACAAGAAAAGCUGGGUGGAAUACCUCUCCCUGGAGACAACAAGGAAAGAGAUUGUCAUGGCAAUGAUGAUGACUGCAUGUGACUUGUCUGCCAUCACCAAGCCAUGGGAAGUCCAGAGUAAGGUAGCACUGCUAGUGGCUGCUGAGUUCUGGGAACAGGGUGAUUUGGAGAGAACAGUGCUUGAUCAGCAGCCAAUUCCCAUGAUGGACAGAAACAAAGCUGAUGAGCUGCCUAAACUGCAAGUGGGGUUCAUUGACUUCGUGUGUACAUUUGUAUACAAGGAGUUUUCACGUUUCCAUGAGGAAAUCCAGCCCAUGUUUGACAGGCUGCAGAAUAACAGGAAGGAAUGGAAGGCCCUGGCUGAUGAUUGGCACCGAGAUUUGCAACGGAGGUCCGCCUCCACAAUCUUCCACCUGCUGCAUCCUCUAAACAACCCAUUACUGAUACCCCAAGCUGGGCAUCUGAGUCUUCCUAUCUCCCAGGCACUUUGCUGAAGAUCCUGCAGAACUGAUGUUUCAUAUUGCAGUCUGCAAAGAUAAGCAGGUUUCUGGAAAUCCAAAAGAAAAAAGCCCAAAAUAUUUUUUUAACAUUUAAAAUGUACUGAUUUUACAGCUAUUUUUAUAAACUACAGAAAAGCCAAGAACUAAAAGUUCAAUUUGGCACAUUUUAAAAAGGCUUUAAGAUUUUUAAUAGGAACUACCUCCCCCAAGAAUUCUAGGUACUCUGUGUAUGUGUAGAUUGGCCACACACACACACAUACACAGAGAAAUGUAUUCUGAUUUAUCUUCUGCUCUACAUAAAAUUUACAUCCAAACCCCUCCAGGUGAAACCGAAACACUGAAAUCUAAUGUGUGGCUAAAGUUGUGAAUUCGUUGAAAAAUACACUUGUCCUAUCUGAUCUAUUAACAAAGACCAAAGCAGAAAUGGAGCUGAGUGCUACUUUCUGCAUGAAAAUCUUUUAAUCUAUGCAGUUUAUAAAACUAAAACCUCAUUAUCAUUACCAAUUGAAGUGCUGCCUUAAUUCUGUCUCAAUGACUCCAUGAUGUCAACUCUUCCAACAGUGAUUUGCAGCCCAUCCAGGCUUUCUCAUCCUAUAGGUGUCCCAUCCCUAUGUUCCCAUCAAUCCCCUAGAAGACCUUCCUUUAAGUGGGCCUUCUAAUAUUCCAGAUACCAGCACAGCUCAGCUUUCACCGGACAACUACCCAUCCUGAAUUGUGAUUGUACAUUUUGACAGCAGACAACUUACCUGAAUCAAUUCAUUUUUUCAAUGACACUUUCUACCACUACAGCAUCCACAGGUCCUCAUAGCUUAGAUGUAGUUUUUUGUUGUUGUUGUUUUGUUUUUAUUUUUUAUUAAGUCUUUUUAAUUUUCAAAACAUAUGAAUAGAUAAUUUUUCAACAUUAAUCCUUGUAAAAUCUUGUGUUCCAAUUUCUCCCCUCCAUUCCCCCCACCCCCUUCCCUAGAUGGCAAAUAAUCCAAUAUAUGUUAAACAUGGUAAAAAUAUGUUAAAUCCAAUAUAUGCAUAAAUAUUUAUACAAUUAUCUUACUGCACAAAAAUAAAAAAUCAAAAAAAGGAGAAAAUAAAAUGCAAGUAAACAACAAUAAAGAGUGAAGAUGCUAUGUUGUGAUCCACAAUCAGUUCCCAGUUCUUUCUCUGGAUGUAGAUGGCUCUCUUCAUCAUAAGAUCACUGGAACUGGCCUGGAUCAUUUCAUUGUUGAAAAGAGCCAUGUCCAACAGAACUGAUCAUUGUAUAAUCUUGUUGCUGAUCUCCUGGUUCCGCUCAUUUCACUCAGCAUCAGUUCAUGUAAGUCUCUUCUAAAUCAUCCUGCUGAUAGUUUUGUAUAGAACAAUAAUAUUCCCUAUCAUUCAUAUGCCACAACUUAUUCAGCCAUUCUCCAACUGAUAGGCUAGUUUUAAUUUCUUGCCACUACAAAAAGGGCUGCCACAUUUUGGCACACGUGGGUCCCUGUCCCUUCUUUAUGAUCUCUUUGGGAUAUAAGCCCAGUAGAAAUACUGCUGGAUCAAAGGGUACACACAGUUUGAUAGCCCUUUGGACAUAGUUCCAAGCUUAGAUGUAAUUUUUAAAAACUCGGUCAGAAAGCUGUUCUCCCAACCCAUCACAGUGAGUAACACAACAGUGCGAGUUCAGCAAGCACUUUGUUCCUCACUAAGCUGAUGGAGAAAGGUAAGGGUGCCCAUUUGUGAAAGGGCAUUAAUUACCUCAAGGAUUUAGUUUGUAACAAGUGCCGCAAAGUUUCUUCCUUCUCAUGGUGGGUAAACACCACAACCACAGUUAGUUUAACUAGAACUUUAAGGGAUUAUAUAAACGAGUUCACAACCUACUUGUUUAGCAUGUUUAACUUUUGGUCUAUCUUCCCAAAGAGGUGAGUUGUGAAUAUUUGUGUAAGAGAUCUUGGGACAAACUUGAGAAGCUGCUGGACCAUUGUAAAAGGUCCAUAUAGCUCUGUGACUUUGAGGAACGACUUUUUGAUCUGUUUUCUCACCUCUAAAAUGGGAGUUUUCCUUGUAUUGCUUAUCUCACAGGGUUGUUGUGAGACUUCAAUAAAAGAUCUAUGAAAUUACUUUGUAACCACAAAGCAGCAUCAACGUGAGCAACUACUUCAAUAAACAUGUACUUUGCAGAGAAUGAUCAGAGGGGCCCCAGGAUGGUGUGGAGGAGAAGGGGCGUCAAGUCAAACUCAAUUUGUGAAGGGGAGCAGUCAGUCAGGUCACUGCAGAAGUGCUAGGAACACCACAGAAGGUGGUGAUGGGGCAGAGAAGCAGCCAGUGCUACUCAGGGACAAUGAGUACCUGGGGAAAAGCACAGCCCAUAAUGUUCCAACAGAAUAGCAUCAGAGGUUAUCAGAGAAGUGAAAGGAUGUGAGGCAGAAGAUAGUCCAGAGGACAAUGAUGUAAUUUGGGGAAUGGCCAUAUCCUAUCCCAAAUAAAUCUUAAUAACCAAGGCUUACAAGGGAACUUCACAGAAGGGGGACCAAACAGCAUUCUCAACAUGACCAGGUAUCAGAGACUGAAUAUAAAUUGAUUCAAAGAUUCAUGGAUAAAAGAUACUUAACAGGUUACUAUGGGAAGAAAAUGGAGAAUGGCUGACCUCUGGGGUGACAGCAAGAAUAACUACCUUCCUCCUCAACCAUCCUUCAACCACAUCAACAGCCACACAGGAGC